ACUUUUUGCAGUUUAGACUUCACGUGUUGCUGCAUAGCCGCUCUUCUUCCCUAUCGUUUCACUUUCUGAGGCUGUACUGCUGAUAACAAACAAGCGAAAGCAGAUCAUGAGAAGAAAAGAGGUGAAUAAAGGGAAAGGCCGUGGCCUGGUAGGAGUAAAGCAACAAGACUACUCUGAAGAUUCUGAUAGCUCUUCUUCAUCUCCCGUUAGAGCUCCUUGCAGGAUAUUCCGCUCACAGGAAUCAGUGACAAGCUCUCUGAUAUCAUCUGAUCCUAACUUCCAAGCAAUCCAUGAUGCUUUCCUCAUACAACUGUUACUCAUAUUACUCCUAGCACUUGGCAAGGACUCUUAUUCAGCUGGAAAGUUGUACCUUAACAUGUCACUCUUCACUGCUGGAUUUGGCUCCAUGUCGGAUAUAGCCACCUUCAUAAUUAUUGAAAUAUGUCUACAUGCUUGGGUGUUGCUAAUACACCCAUUACUCAAUGUAUGGAGGAAGACAAGGACAGUUGGGGGUUGCUGUGGCAUUAUUGAUGUUCUAACAAUGAUACUCUAUGUUGCUUAUAACUCCAUUAGUUUUGCUUGUACAGUGUAUAUCAUAGUGAAUGCAACUCUGCCUCAUUUGCUCAAUUUAGUUAUUGGAGUGGAGCAGUUUCGCAUGUUUAUGAAGAACUACUCGUUUGUGCGUGAGAAUGCAUACAAGGUAUUGUAUCCUUGGAGCAAGGAUGAUAAGACUGGCCCUGCUGUGUGGUAUGAGGGUCAAAUGAGUCCUAAAGUUGGAUCAUUCCGUCAGUAUAUCUACUUUCUGUUCUGUCCUACAUUAUUAUACAGAGAUCACUAUCCUAGGAAAAAUAGCAUCGACUGGUCGUUUGUCCUCACUUCUGGUAUUAAGUUUCUGUUAGCACUGUGGUCCUCAGUUUUCAUAUUGAAGAAUAUCAUAUUCCCACCUUCGCUAAAACAAGGUGAUCUUGUUAAUACUCUGUUGAUGUGUCUUGUGUUGGCUUUUGUCAUAAAGUUCAUAGCACACACAGCUAUACUGAAUGCUUAUUUGAACAUGAUGGCUGAGCUGAUGGGAUUCGCUGAUAGACAGUUCUUUAGUGAAUGGUGGACAUGUACGACAUACUCCUCUUACUAUCGAAAAUGGAACUUGCUCGUUCAUGACUGGAUACACUCUUAUGUCUAUCUUGAUUUGAAGAAGAUUUUUGGGAAGAAGUUAGCUGUGUAUUGUACACUCCUGGUCUCCUCUAUAGUCCACGAGUAUCUGCUCUCAGCUGGUACUGGGUUUGUGCUCCCAAUAGUUACUGUGCUCUUUGCUGGAGUGGGAGCUUUCUUUUAUGUACUGAAGCCGCUCAGCACAAGAAGAGCUUCCAACCUUUUCUUUUUGAGUAGCAUGAACAUUGGUGUCUCUAUCAUACUGUUCUUUCUGGUAACUGAAUAUGCUGCGAGGCAUUACUGCACAAUAAAUGACAAUACAUUCAAAACUCUAUUUCAACCACAAAUGUUCUCCUGCUAUCGAAAAUUCAAUAGUCUCGACUCUAUACCUCUCGCUGGAGAUUCUCAAUAUAAUGUGACUGAUACACAGUAUGUUUGAUCCAUGUUGGACUAGGAAUGAAUAUUAGCAAAUGUGCACGAGUUUGAAUUUCAUAUGCACCAUGGACACCUCA